CCUCUGACCUGGAAAAGGUCAAAUCCAACAUCAAACUCAUCGUGGAAAAUGGUCUAUCAAAAUAUGUUCUCCAGCUUUUUAUUACUGUCCGACGGAUAUGUUGCCUCUGAGCUCACUAUCUGUUUCACAAAUAGCAGGCAGAAUGAAAAUAGCACCGAUAUGGGUGAUACCAUUUCCCAAUAUCUUCAUAUGCAUCUACCAGCCUUAACAUCCAUAUCAUCCCGGGACAGACCACACUUCCGUACAUAUAUACGCCGAAUCUUCGUGAAUUGGAGUUAUGCUUUUACUUCAGAGAGCAGUGACUCGUUCGAUUUCUCAGAGCUUAAAGGAAGAUCCAUAUGCCGAAAAUUAAGCUUCUGUCGCUUUCUCACAUCCCUCCUUCAGACACAAACCUGUUUGCUUCCACAUCUUUCUGUCGCAUUUGACUCACUCAAUAUUGUCGGUGGUAUUGAUGUUCUUACACAAAUGAACCUACGCUUUCCAUUUAGCGAAAGGAUAUCAUUACGCUUGAGUGACAAUGCUGUUGAGGACACCCAGGAGUACAGCACAUUCACAGAGUCCAUAUUCAGCUCAUUUUCAGUUGCCACAUGGGCUAGGCUUGAAGUUGAGCACUAUAUUCCAGUAUCUAUUAAUUCUGAGCUAAAUAUUCCUUGCCUUCAUAUCUCCGCACCACUCUUUAUCGCUUAUUAUCUCAGUUACCCUUAUUGGAAGCAUCUAUGUGUUGAAUCAUAUCAUUAUGAUAAGCAACACAGGCACUUCACCAUAUUUCCCUGGAUAGUCCGAAGUUCAGCUAGGUACACAUCACGUUUUCCAUUAGUAUUUGAUCCUUGAUCCGCUCUAUGAGUUCAUCACAAACGUCGUCACGCUAAAAGGGUCAGUCAGUUCCUGAAUAUUAUCUGCAAGAGGUCCAGGAUCACUUCAGCCAAGGCAACUAUACAAGGAUUAUCCACAUAUUCAAGAAAUCCGUUUUUACUGAUAGCCUCAUCGAGGAUGUUCCGAAACCCGGGCCAAUAAAUACUAUCCAGCGUCAGAUAGAGUUUUCCUUGUCACCAAAACGCAGCU